AAACCUUGUACUUUGAAAUUUUCUGUCAAAGUGUUAGUAACAAAUUUUUCUCGUACACAACAAAGUUGAGUUUUUAUAACGCACGCAGAUUUUCACACAAAUUCACACUUUUUCAGAAUUCAUACUUAGGUGCGAAAAGUCAAACACUUUUGAGUUCCGCGAUGGAUAAAACAAUUCCGUCCAUAUACGACAUGAUUGUUCAGUGUCAGGCCCAGAAAAAGGCGCUGCAGACGGAGGGAAAACGUACAUCCGGUCGUUGGCAAGCGGUGGAGAAGUCCGUGGUCGGAUAUGCCAUGCUAGAGUCUAGGACUAAGAAAUCGAAACUGAAACCGAGAGCUAUUGUUGAGGAGCCGCGUACUCGUGUUGAGACCAAACCGCGCAACGUUGUGACCGCCUCGCAUUUGACUAAGAAGCGUGGACCCGUUGUUUUGCCGCCGCCCACCAAGAAGGAAGUGCUGACGCAGCUGGUGGAGCGAAUGUCCUCGAAGGCGCACAACAAGACGAGAACAACAUCCAUUAUCUGUCCACCAGAAACAAAUCUGACUGAAACGUUCCAUCAGCCCUCCAUGGCGGAGGCGGCACAGACAGAGCGCAGGAUUGGAAGCCGAAAGAACACUUUCAAAACUAGAUCGGAAAUGUCUUUGACAGAAACACCCGCUAGCAUCACCACGAAAAAGAAGAAGCGGAAGACUAAGAGCACAACACUGGGUAAGGAUCCAAAGCACAUUUCAACCAGCACUUUGGACAAACGACUGCCCAUGACGCCCAAGAAAGUCAAUCGCAAUGCCUCGCACAAGGCUAUGAAGCAUUCCGCACUGCUCGCUGCGGAAAGGGAUUCAAAGUCUCCGCCUGCUGAGAAGAUUGUGCGAAAGAAGAGAAUUCUGCGCAAAAGAAAAUCCAAGACAUCGCUCCAGUCGCGCGGUAGUGAGGCCAAGGCCGGUUCCCUGCAGCAAACGAAACGUUCCAGCGGCGGCGACCUGAGUCGCUGGCGCAUGUGAGAGGAUCCGUGGAGCAAACAUUUCUUUCUCGAAAAUUAUGGUUAACAACAGCUUCGAGUUCCUUCCAGCAGUUUUAUGUGGCAACCAGCAGACUCCAAGCCAAUCCGACAGCUGCGAUUGUGUGGAACCUAUUGGUUUCCAUAUAAAAUAAUUUUACAAAUUAUGGUUAAUUAAUUAUUAUGUUUUUGCAGACGAGAAAAUACACAAAAAAUAAAUUUACAAUGAAUCGGAAAA